CAAAGCAUGGCGGAAGGACAAUUUUCUGUGAGGAACCAAAAUGUUUUGUUUAGGAAUCGUUUCAUCGUCAAACAUAAACCUUAUCGAGUGAGUUUAACCAGUGAUUAUAUAUGUUGGGAACAGGAAACAAGGACAGAUCUCAGGACAGUACUGCCAUGGGAAGAAGUUAUAUCUUUGUCUCCUUGUGACUGUGAUAUUUCUGCAAGACAUGUAAAGUGUCAGUAUUGUCAAUACAAUCCUGAUCAAUGUAGGACUGGACUUGGAGAGCAGGUUCCUCUUCAAGCAAGAGCAGUGAAACUCUACUAUGCUGAACGAUGUGGCAAGUAUAAAUGGAGAUUAGCUACAGUGACUUUCCAUCCACAGAAAGGUUUUGUGGUGAGAGAGUUACUUGGGGCAGCAAAAAAAGUUUUACAAGGUCUUAAUCGACCACACCGACUACUAAUAUUUAUCAACCCCUAUGGAGGUAAAAAAGCAGCACUUCAAAUAUUUGAAAAGAAGGUGGCUCCUCUUCUUCAGCUUGCUGGCAUUGAUAUAGAGGUUAUUGUUACUCAGUAUGCUAACCAUGCACGGAACAUGAUCCAGGAGAUUGAUAUAGAACAUUUUGAUGGUGUAGUGUGUGUUGGCGGUGAUGGGAUGUUCAGUGAACUUUUAAAUGGUCUCCUUGUGAGAACCCAGAAAAAAGCUGGAGUUAACUAUAACCUGCCGAGCAGCUCUCUUGUUACACCACUGAUCUGCUUAGGGGUUAUCCCAGCUGGCUCAACAGAUGCUGUAACAUACUGUACAACUGGAAUAAAUGAUCCUGUUACUUCCACACUUCUUAUAAUUAUGGGUGCCAAACUGAGCAUUGACAUUUGCAGUAUCCAUCAUGAUAAAUACUUAUUGCAGUAUGCUACAUCAUUUCUGUCAUAUGGUUACUUUGGUGAUACUCUUGUGGACAGUGAGAAACAUCGGUGGAUGGGACCAAAAAGAUACGAUUACUCAGGAUGUAAGAAGUUUCUUCAAGGUCAACUUUACGAAGGAGAAAUCAAGCUAGCAGUUACUAGUGUUGUUGACUCUCAAAAUGACAAGGACAGGUGUAGAGCUGGAUGCAAAGUAUGUACAACAGUAACCAGGACAGGUAUAGAUUCAGGAGCAGAAGGCAUUAAACAAGACAGUGGAAAGGAUCCAAAAUAUCUGAAGGUCAGAGGGAAAUUUAUUGCUAUUAAUGUGGCCACGAUGACUUGUCGUUGUGCCAUGACUAAGGAUGGAAUUUCUCCAACUGCUCAUCUAGGAAAUGGAUGUACUGAUGUUAUUCUUGUGACAAAGUGCUCCCGGUUAAAUUUUUUACGCUACCUGUUCCGUACAGCAUUCCAUAAUGCUAACCCAUUUGAUUUUGACUUUGUACAAUUUUAUCGUGUUUCCGAGUUCCAGUUUUCACCCAUUGAAUAUUCUUCACAAAUAACAUCCUCUGAAGAUCAAAGUAUUCAAGAAAAUGAACCAAAGAAAAGUGUAUGGAAUUGUGAUGGUGAAAUUCUGUCUGAACCAACUAUUCAUGUGAAGGUCCAUCAACAGUUGAUCAACUUGUAUGCAUAUGGUAUAGAAGAGAGAGAUCAACAGAUCUGCUGUAAUAUGUGCUGUGGAAGCUGCAAGAAUAUGUGAAACUAUAUUGUUGGUUCUUGCAGAAGUGUAAAGAAAACAACACCUAAAUAUUAAAAUGUGUGCAUAGUGACAAUGAAAAAAUAUCAGUCUCAUGUUCAUUAAAUAAUGUUCUUGGUCACUUUCAUUACUACUUAACAGUUACAGUUGAUGAUCUUUGUUUUCCUCGCUUAUGCAUAAAAUAACUUCAUAGUUUGUUUUGAAACUGCUUCUACUUUUUGAAGUAUUUAAGGUUAAAUACCCCUCCCCCCUCAGUGGCUCAGCAGUAAGUCUACAGACUUAAGACACUUAAAAAUGGGGUUUUGAUACCCAUGAUGGAUAGAGCACAUAGCCCAUGGUGUAGCUUAGUGUAUAACAACAACCAAGUUAAGGUUAAUUGAUAAGUAAAAAAAAAUCAUCAUUGAUAACUAACUAUAUUUUCAUGCUGUUUCACAGGUUUAGGUUUUAAAUGCCAAAAUGUAAGUUGUUGUUGUGUUUUUUUUUGUAGGUUCAAAUUUCAUUUAAUGUAAAUUUUGAUUUCUGAAUACACAUCAAAACUCACUGAAAGGAUUGGAUAGUAUUGAUAAUCAAAGUUGAUUACCUGAAUGUUUGUUGAAAUGUAGCUGACAUAUUUUGCGAAAGGUAGUAAGUAGAUUAAAAUGUUAAUUGUCUAAAAAGUUAUUUUUAUUCUUUAGAUUGUUUAUAGUAAUGACCACUGAUAUUUUUUUAAAAUAAAUUUUGCUGUUUUCAGUAUAAUUCUACACAUGGUUAGUUUAUGUGAUGCCCAAUGAUUAGUGUAUUAUUUGGUUUUCUUAAUUCCUGUAAAGUUACUAUGUAUCAAAUAAUUUCAAACUUUCAUCUAAUUUGUCCCAAUUUUGUAAAGUUUAUACCAAUGUUCUUAUUGCUAUUCCUAUCAUUCUGAUUAUCUAAAUUGGAGAAAAAAGAAUAUAAUAUGACUUUUCAUUCCAGAGAAAUUUCUUUCAACUUUUGCUUCAUGCAAAAUUAGUUUGAUGACAAAUACUUUCAUAUGUCAUGUGGUUAUACAUAGUCAAAACAUUUUGGGUACGGUUUUUAUCUCAGCAUCAUCUCAAAAAAACCUGUGGCCAAAGUAGUGAAAUGAAAUCUAAUUAAUUAUGGAAUAGAAUUUAUUUUAAAGAAAUGUUAAAGGUGUGUUAGUGUGAAAAUCUGUUAGGCCUGAUUUACAUGAAGACUGGUUAGUAAUAUUAUUAGUAUUCAGUGUUUAAUACUACUUUAACUGUUAUUUGUUAACUCAUUAUCAUGUUUAGCUAAGACUACAUUAAGUGAUAUAGUAAUUUUAAGAUAAUAAGGUAUUACUUUAUUAACUUAGUAUUUAAACAUCCAUUACUUCAAUGAAUAGUAUUGGUUGUCAACUAUUUUCUACUUGGUGAAUGCUGUCUUUCAGGUGAUUAUUUUAAGCAAGCUUUAAUAUUUAUAUUAAUUUUAUGAUAUUAACUUACAUCUGUAUAUCUAAAUCUUUUAAAAAUA